GGCAGUCGACUCACGGGGAGCACAUCGAAUUAACCGCGAGGUUUUUAUUUGAAAACCACCAACAAGAGCUUUAAAAGAAACUGGCACCAUGGAAGAGUCCUCUUAUCCACUGGACCGGCGGCUCGUGCCCAUGGCCGCCGCUCAGCCUGUGCGCGCACACGCACCUGAUGACCCCAUACCGCGAGGGUAGCUGGAGUCAUCUUGCUGGAGGAUAACGUGCACAUUCGGCGUGAGGAAGACUUUGGCUACGAUCCAAUACCACCCCACCCCCCCUCCCCAUUCAUCCUGCUCUCCUAUUCCCUUCAACUGGCAUACAGAAGAGUGUGAGAGCCUGAGUGAGGGAACGUGGGAAAGUGGAAGACAAUGUACCAAACGCUGUUUCUUUCCUCCUCCCUCUUCAUCCUUCAUGUGAUGGGCACACCGCAGUUCUUCACUCACCACGGGAGGAGGACGUGUGGCCGAGACCUCCGUCACAGCGUUGUCGUGACAACAGAGUCGUAUGUCCAGCCGAUGCACAAGCCUUACAUCACCCUUUGCCAGGGGCACCGGCUCUGCAGCACAUACAAGACUGUGUAUGCGGUGGCAUACCGGCAGGUGAGCAGAGCAGCACCUCCUUUGCGUUUCUACCCAGAGUGCUGCCCGGGCUGGCGGAGAUUUCACUCCCAUAACUGCAACCAAGCUGUGUGUGGACAACCCUGUGUGAAUGGAGGUACCUGCUUAAGACCCAACCAGUGUGCUUGUCCGUUAGGCUGGACGGGGCACCAAUGCCAAACAGAUGUGGAUGAGUGUAGCGAGCGGCGGCCGUGCACUCAGGAGUGCGUGAACACAGCUGGCAGCUAUCGAUGCACGUGCAGAGACGGCUUCAGGCUCGCCGGAGAUGGCCGUUCCUGUCAAAGCCUUCCUCUGCCUCCUCUUCCUCCCCCUGCCACUCCUCCCUCUCCCACUCAGACCAGCCAGCCAACAGUGGGUGGUCAUACAGAUGCGGGUGGAAGGUUCGGCCUGGUGGAGAAUGUGACGGAGGAGGUACAGAGCCUGAGGAAUAGAGUAGAGCUCCUGGAAAAGAAGUUGCAGUUGGUGUUGGCCCCCUUCAGCAGCUUCUUCCCAUUGUCGCUGGACGAGGGCUUGUCAGAGAAAACCACCUUACUGUCUCACUCCUUCCAGCAACUAGACCGCAUCGACUCCCUUAGUGAGCAGGUUGGCUUUCUGGAGGAGCGCCUCGGCACAUGUUCUUGCCGGGAGAAUUAGCCACCGAACAUGACCUGCAACAUUCCCAGACAUCUCCCAUGAAGUUAAUAAUGAUGACACAAACCUGCCAGAGGUUGUACACACCGAGACGGCUGGCGUUUGUAAGAAAGGGGAUGGCUGCAGAGACGGCCGCAGUUCAUGUCACACAAAUCAUCUGUGAUUUCCCAAUAGCUUCAUUUACAUUUCUUGUUGGAUUACUGUCAAAUUUUUGAUUUUGUAACCGUGCCAGGGUCAGUGUCAGUAUUGCAUCAUCCCUGUAACAUCUGAAUCAAACCCCCUGUUGGGAUCAAAGGUCACAUUGGCCACUUUGUUUCUGUGUUUGUUUUGCAUCAGUGCAGCUGUGUCCUCUGUCAAAGCCCAAAUUGUCCUGAGGCAGACACGGACAUCUGUAUUUAUCUAUUUAAAUUAUAAGUACUUGUAGUUAUUUCUCAAUGCGCCAAUAGACUUUUUUUUUUUACCUAGUUUUGUAACAUUUUGUAAUAAAAGGUCUUAAUCAAA